AUGUGGGCUCGUUUCUCGACGCAAGUAUUUGUGGGAAUAUUUUGGAUUAUCACACUGACAUUCGUUCGAGGUAAAGAAGAGCAACCACAAUCAUCAACGUACCCAACAAAAUCUGGUAUUCGAGCAUGGGUUGACCCCGCAACACCCGCUAAUCGUCAAAAGUACACGUCGUCACGUGGUCGAAUUUGGGAUUUGACAAUGAGUGAUGAAUUUAAUACACCAAAUCGUAGUUUUCGACCUGGUCAAGAUCACAUGUGGACGUCACUUGAGAAACCGGAUGGUGUGAAUGGUGCAUUGGAAUUAUAUUCCCACAAUAUGACGUCGACAAAAUGUGACGACGAUAAAACAUGUUACUUUUACAUUAAAGCCAUCGACGAAUUCAAUGUUAUUCACGUCUAUAAUAUGUACACACACCCUCCUGGUUUUGUGGACGCUUACUUUUUUUAUCGUGCUGCAAUGGUUCAAUCGUGGAACAAAUUUUGUUAUCAAGGUGGAAUGAUUGAAACUCGCGUUCAACUUCCUGGAGUAGUUGAUCCUGAUUCGGGUAAUCCUGAUUUAAAGACGGGGAAGGACACACCUGUUGCAUCAGGAAGAUAUUAUCCAACGUGGCCUGGUAUCUGGAUGAUGGGAAAUCUCGGUCGUGCCAUUUUUUCAGCCUCAACAAAUCGCAUGUGGCCUUUUUCCUACGAUAAGUGUGAGCCUGAUCUCUUUGACCCAACUUAUCAACGUAUUAGUGCGUGUACGGACGACCCAGGCUUUGGAUUAAACCCGAAUCAAGGUCGUGGUGCUCCUGAAAUCGAUGUGCUUGAAGGCUCCGCUUCUCUCGUGUCGUCUUCUCUUCAAAUUGGACCAGGAAUGCCUGAUGACUACCGCAUUAAAUAUGUUGGUGGGGAAGAUCCGUCGUGCAUCUACAUGAAUGUUUGCCAAACACCUGGGGCGAAUUUACCGGAUGUUCCGACAGCAUUCUACCAGAAAGAGCGGGGACGCAAGUCGUGGUACCAAGGAAUGCGAUACGCAGCAAACAAUUAUUGUCAACCAGAAGCUGACAAAAAACAAGACUACAAGACCAUUGCUGCUUCUUUAAAAGCCGGUAUUACUGAAAACUGGUGCUCGCUGGAUACUUGCCCCGCUUCAAGAGAUGUGAAUGGUGAUUUGACUUUAAUUGACGGUGUAGGCGAUGAGCACUGGGGUAUUAACUCGAAUGGCACGUGCUUUCCACUUAUUAAUGUCUACACAGGUGCGUACUUGUGUGACCCAGACAAUACAUUUGUAAAGUGUGCCAUGCCACGAGAUGAAAAGACAACACCAAAGUCUAAUGCUAUGAGUCCGUUUAACUAUCAAAUGGACGCCAUAUCAGCUAAUUGGCCCGUUCACGUUGGUGCUUACAUGGAUUAUGUGACAUAUCAACUCGAGUGGGUUACUGGUAAAAAUGGUUACGUGCGUUGGAUGUUAGAAGGCAGUCCUUUGUUUGAAGUUCCUUCUUCUUCGAUUAUUAACGUACCGCAGAAUGCACAACGUACAAAUCCCCAGAAAAUCAUGUUGGAAGAACCAUUGUAUGUGAUUUUCAAUGUCGCGUUAUCGAGUUCGUGGGGUGCGACACCUCCAAAUGCUGGGAAGGAAUGUCGCGGUGAUGGCACAGAUGAAGUGGCUAAUACUAUCUGCGAUGCUUUUCCUUUGUAUCUCAAGAUUGACUACAUUCGUUUGUACCAGGACUUGGGAGAUGAUCUUGAUGAUGACAAUUACAUGUCUAUUGGUUGUGAUCCCAAAACUCAUCCAACGAAAUUGUGGAUUGAAGGUCAUAUUGAUGAAUACGAAGACGAUGACAAUCCUCAUAAAGAUGUUGCUGGAAAGGCUUUUUGUACGAAAGAUGAUGAUUGUACGAUCGGGGGAACUUUAGGCAAGACACUACUGAAGACUGGCAAGUGUGUCAAGAAACGAUGUGAAUGUACGUAUUCGUCGUCAUGGGGUGGUCCACGUUGUACGACAGCUGUGUCAGGGUCAGUAUCAAGUUUAGUCUCAAGAUCUGUUGGAACGAAUUCGUAUGGUCCUCCAUUUGCAAUGUCAGUUGGUGUCGCGGUCAUAACUGUUUUCUUUACGCUUGCUGCCAUUGUACGUUCAUCGAAGAAGCAAAAGAAAGCAGCUGCGUUGCUGAAGAAACAGGGCAAGAGUACAAGCAGUGAUGUCCUAGCUAAACAAGAUGCAGAGCGACAGUCACACAACGGAAGUAACGACCCCCGUCAGAGACCUAGGGACAAUUAUAGUCAAAACUUUGUCUAA